AUGUACAUGCUCCAGGUUCUACCAAGACUUCGACUCUCAUCUUCAGUGCUACGACCCUUUGCGCAGUCUGCAUACACACGUCGACACUUCGCGGCCAUGGCGACGGCAACCGAUACGAAGAACUAUAAGUUCAAUCACUCGAUGCUUCGAGUAAAAGACCCCAAGGAGUCUCUCAAAUUCUAUGAGUUUCUGGGCAUGACCCAGAUCAAGAAGCUAUCGUUCCCCGAAGCCAAGUUCGACCUUUACUUCCUAGCGUACGACGGGGCCUCGGCGGUGUCGCACGGCAACAGCACCUUCGACCGUGAGGGCGUGAUCGAGCUGACGCACAACUACGGCACCGAGAAUGACGAGAGCUUCACCGUCAACAACGGCAACAAGGAGCCGCACCGCGGCUUCGGCCACGUCUGCAUCUCCGUCGACUACAUCGAGGCGGCGUGCAAGCGCAUCGAGGACGCCGGCUACAAAUUCCAGAAGAAACUCACCGAUGGGCGCAUGAAGCAUAUCGCGUUUGCGCUGGACCCGGAUGGAUACUGGGUCGAGAUCAUCUCGCAGAGAAAGGGCUCCAAGGGCGCCGAUGAUCCCGAGGAGAAGAAUGCGGCCACAGACCCGAGUACUUACCGCAUGAACCACACCAUGAUCCGCGUCAAAGACGCAGAGAAGUCUCUCAAGUUCUACCAGGAGACGCUCGGCAUGACCCUCUUCCGCACUGUCGAACAGUCUGCCGCCGGGUUCAACCUGUAUUUCCUCGGCUACCCGGGCGCCGAAGGCGUGUCCGGGGACGGAUUCACGGCGCUCAAGGAGGGUCUGCUGGAGUUGACGUGGAAUUACGGCACCGAGAAGGACGAGGGUUUCAGUUACCAUAAUGGAAAUGACCAGCCGCAGGGCUUCGGGCAUAUCUGUGUCUCUGUCGACAACCUCGAUGCCGCAUGCGAACGAUUUGAGAACGCCAAGGUGAACUGGAAGAAGAGGCUCACAGAUGGUCGGAUGAAGAACGUUGCGUUCCUGCUGGACCCGGAUGGGUAUUGGGUAGAGAUCGUACAGAACGAACGGUUCGCUGGUAAGGAUAACUUCUAA